AAUCGACGAUUGAGCGUUAUCACAAAAGACGAAGCAGCAAUGAAUCGCUUUAUAUCGUGGCUGUUUUUCAUCGCAACUUUGGCAUCAGGUCUUAAAGCUCAAGAGGAGUUAGGGAACAGCCUAUCCGCGGUGAUAGAAGAAGAUCAGAUCAUCUCAUAUGAUUCAGUGGUAAAAAACUGGGUUCACUCUGGCAGACCUGGUCUUUUCAUGACUGGUUUUGAUAAAAUGGACAACACUUCUUUCCUUAUCAAUGAAGCCGGGGUAUAUUACAUCUCAGCGAAUCUGAUCGUUAAGGCGACUAGGUAUUCUUGGUACAGUAACCGCAUUUCGUUAAAUGGUAAAACAUAUCUGACAAAUAAACAAGGAAAUUCGUUUUAUAACAAUCGGCAAAUAAAAACUUUUCUGGUUAUGAAUUCCGGUGAGAAGAAAAAUCUGAGGAUCUCUGGCUACAUACAGCUUGAGAAAGGCUGGAGAGUUGCUAUUCAAAUAAGUAGUGGCUACUCAAGAAAUACCAAGGUUAUGAUUGGUAGUACACUGUCAAUACUUCAUGUUAGUUCAGCAUCCUUGUUUCCUGGAAUGAUGUUGAAGAAUAAUUAUGAAUAUCUCCACCUGAGGAAUCCCAGUUAUUCCGCUGAUAUUGUUGAUUGGAAUGAAAUUGAUGAAGGAAGUGCAUUUCCUGAGUCAGAAGGUAGCUUCAUGAUACCACGCAGUGGCCUGUACCAUAUCUUGGCCAACAUUAAUUUCGGUCGUUACAGCAGUAUUCAGCUGAAAUUCGCUGUAGUGAUAAACAACAAAACAGAGGCCAUCACUCGAACAGUACAAAUAAAACAAUAUGGUACUCAUACCAUCACCCUAGACGGAGUUUUAAAUCUUAUUGAAAACCAAACAGUCACAUUAGGAGUCACCAGUAGCUGGAGGCAUACCCACGUCUAUAUCAACUCAGCCUCGCGAUUUUUCAUAUUCUCAAAAGGAGCAACAAGUGAAUCAACCCCAGCGCUGUCGACUUCAUAUAAAUCAACAGCCUCGUUACCCGCCGACAAAUACUCAACCUUAAAUAAAUGGAAUAUUCCUCAAACGCACAACCUGAAUCAUUACAUCAGCGGUGUUCAACUGAAAAAUGGGGAAUUUGUUGCUCCAAAACAGGGCGUUUACCAAAUCAUCAUGGCGAUAUACAUCAGUAAUUGUACAUCAGCUAAAGCACAGCUGUCGAUGAAUAGCUCAAGUAGUAAUUAUUUUAGAGCCACGGGCCCAGAAUUAUUUCUAGCAAAGGAGAAUGAUGAUUGUUAUUUACAGAAUUCGUUGCUGCUGAAAAUGGAUAAAUACGAGUCACUACGACUGUCUGUCAAGUCGGACCAAGUUUUUAAAGUCCUUUCUAAAACAACGUAUCAAGUUGUCUUGGAAAAAAAAUACAAUCUUUGGCCCUCUACGACUCUCUCACUCGUCAACACGUUCACUUUUAACACGAAUUCAGCAAUGACCAAGGUUCACGACUGGUCACACAAAAAUGAAGGCGAUUGGAACGACGUGUUCUUUGAUGUGAAAAAAGAAAACAUCAAAAUAAAAAGUUAUGGGUUGUAUCUUGUUUCAUACAACCUGAUUGUCCAACCUGUUUCAGCAGGCGGUCAGUUUAGUUCACAGCUUACUAAAAACGGCACGGUUGCUGAUGGCAGUGAAUGUAAACGAGGAAGUGCUCCAAAAUACUUCACAUGUACCGUAUCAACAAUGUUAGAACUGAAUGAAGGAGACAAGCUUGCUGUUCAGGUCUCGAUGACAGACAAGAGUGGGAAGAAAAAGGUUAACGUCUUAACUUCAAGCAAAAUGACAGUCACCAUGCUUGGCGACACAAGAUCUCAUCCGGCUUUUAAGUUGAACGUGAAACCAGCCACCAACACGUAUGUCACAAAAGCCACGGAUAUAAAACAACUGAAUGAUUUUACGACCUCGAUUAACGGUUUCUUCCAAAGCGCGGCAAUAUACUCGAAUCAUGAGAACACUUUUCACACUGGUACAAACAAUGUUUUCUUUCUACUUGAUAAUUUACAGUUUGACUUGCAAAACGAUGGUUAUUUGUCUGCUGUUGUUGGAUCCGAGAAAACGAAAAUGGUAGCGUACAGCAAGGAUCAUAAAAAGUCCAAAUUUUCUGUCACCGCUUCGGAUAUCAGUGUCGACAGCCAAUUUUAUUUCAAUGUCUCAGCAAAAGCAUCGAAAUCUGAUAUGAAUUGGAAGCCCGAAAGUGGAAGCGUUGUUUCCGGUGUUUUCACAGGCACAAGCACCACUGUGACUUACGUUAGAGCUCAACUUAGACCCAAAGGAAAGUUUCAAUGCAACACACAAUGGAGAGGUAUUGGUCUCCAUGAUUGGAUCAACCCCAAGUUCCUGAACAAUCCUGCAACGAUCACAAAAAGUGGAAUGAAAAUUUCUAAAAGUGGAUUUUAUUUAACAUCCCUGAAUUUUGCCGUUACAUCUAACAAGAGUGAUGCUAUCGUGAAUGUUGGGAUUUUAAGGAAUCAGGAUAUUAUUUUAUCUGCCAAAGAGACAAGUCCUAGCGAUGGUAGGUUCAGUGUAUUUCUUCAGGGUGUGCUUGAUCUAAGAAAUGGCCAAGAUAUUGAAGUCCACGUGAAAUGUGCAGAUUCCAUAGAGCUGACGUAUGCAGAAGAUGGUGGAAUCUUUGCUUACAAAGUCGAUGAGCUUCAGACUGGACCUCAAAUAAGAAGACGAUUUAGUGCAAAUAGCAUGUAUAAUCAGGAAGUAGGAACUUUCUAUCCCUAUAAUUGGUAUAACGAUCCGGACACUUUCGAGGAGUUUACUCAGGGUAUUUCUUAUGACGACUGGAAAAUCAGCGUCUCUCGAAGUGGAGUCUAUCUUGUCUCUGUUGUUGGUUUUGUGAAAGAUAGCACUUGGUCGUGGUGGGAUCGAUACAAAACUGACGAUUUUGAACUCGGUUUUACCAGCCCUGCAAAUAAAUCCAAGAAUGCUUUGUGUUCCCUUGAUUCUUCACCUCUUUACUUCAGAGGAACGAGUGAUGAUCUUGACAAACCACUAGCGUUGACUGGCUUUGUUUUGCUCGACAAACACAACAUUUCAGGUUUUCUGGGACGCUACAAUUCUCUAGGCUUGAACUACAAUUCGCGUCUUUAUAUGUCCAUUCAGUUUAUGGGCGAUAUAGCGAGCUCAAGUGGUUUUGCGGCAACGUUGCCAAAAGAUACGGCUUUGAAUGCAGGAAAAAAGCAGAAACUCAAAGACAAGUCUUGGACCAGCGAAAAAAAGUGCGGCAAAUACACAACAAAAGAUGUACCGGAAAAUUUUGGCAGUUACGGAGUUUUGUACACAGGAUUUUAUAUCGUUGCUGUGAAUCUGGUCAUAGAUCACGAGGACAAUUGUGAUUUCGAGUUUUGCUUUACCGUUGACGGGAAGACACUUAAAGAUGGGGGUGAGGUGAACGGAUUAAACGUAGGAUGUUUUAAACAACGUUUGGUGAAUCAAUCUAAUAUCACCACAGUCAGUGGCGCUGAAAUUCUUCAUCUCGAAGCUGGAAAGAAGUUGUCGAUUGAAGUUAACACGAACCUUGGUGUGACUAUUUUAAAGAGGUCGAGCUUUUCUGCGUUCUAUAUCGGUACUGCCGGGGCUAUAAUAGGCGCGUCUUCAGCCAUCACGGCAAAAGAGGCCCCAAAACGGCAACUACCUGAUCGCAGUUCAAGACAUGGUUUUUACCAUCAUUACUAUGACGAUGACGAUGUGGACAGAUUUGAAGUUCAAGGAUGGAAAACAAAUAUACCAAAUACAAAGAUGUUCUUCAAACGCGGAAUGAAAUAUCCUUUAGAUUCUGUCUUUGUUUCCCCGAAGAAUGGCGUGUACAUGGUUUUAGUGAAACUUCGUGUGGAGGGAGAGGGGAAAUGGAACGAGACUUGUGAAAUAACGCUGAAACUUGCUGUCGAUGGGAAGACCUUAGAUUUUGCUUUUGAGAAAGAUUUUCAUGGAAAAGUUAACACUUUGUCAUUUACAACCACGUUGCGUUUGGAGAAAUGGCAGAGUGUAUCGGUGAGGUUCACUCGAAGUCGGAUUGAAUGCAAGAAUAUGGAGAUCGUAGCUGGAAGUACAUUUGCUGUUGUUUAUCUAGACAGUGGUAAGAAAGCAUUUACACUCUGGCCUAACAUUGGACCUCAUAUUAUCGAGUUUCCAUCAGAGUACGCAAUAUAUGUUCGUGAAGAUAAGGACGAGUCAGCCAUCUUGACCUGCAAAGCAGUUGGAAAAUAUCCUGUCAAGUACGAGUGGAAAGACUAUAACGGCAUUGUUAAAAGCACAACUAGUAAGCUAGACAGCCGGACGCUUGGGAAUUCGACACAAGUACAAUGUGUUGUGACGAUGAGAGAACUCGUAGAGGAAACACAAUUCGUUCACGUGAGGACAAUUGAUCCUACUGUAAUAUUCAAUGAUGACUACUCCAACAGAACGUACUUUUUGCCAGAGAAGAAUGAGACACAUAAUUCUGGAUAUAUAGAAGCUUUAGUGUUUGGAGCAACGAUAAAGAAAUAUGGAUACUAUCGCUGGUAUUGGUACUGGUGGUUUACGCGAAUCUACUGCUUUGUCUCAGACGGUAACUUGAACAAUACCUUUUCUGUAACACACGACUAUGGUUACUAUGGUGCUGGCGACUACUACAAACUUAAAGCAAAUCUCUCAAAACUUGACCGAGAAACAACGCCAAAAUACGAUUUGAAAAUCACUUGUAGAAAUAUUGAAUAUUUGGACGCAAAACCAGCUACCACAACGAUUCAUGUUGAAAUCCUGGACGCCAAUGAUAAUUUACCAGUAUUUGAUAAAGAUAUCUAUAAGAUCAAGGUCCCAAAUACUUUAAAACCUGGCAUAGAUAUAAUUCAAGUAAGAGCAACGGAUGAUGAUGCCGAGGAAAAUGGAAAGAUCACGUACACGUUGGCCUACACGCAACAAAGUUACAUCUUUCAUAUUGUAAAAGACCUGGGGGUGAUAUCGCUGAAAAAAGACGAAAAACUGACCGAAUCAGAGUACAGAUUGAGCGUAAAAGCCACAGACCAGGGCAAGCCACCGAGGUUUACAUUUGUGACAGUCGUUAUAGAAGUUGACUUCACAUCAGGCGGCGGGAAGAAUGACACGAACAAGAAUCCUAUAUUUUUCCGUAAAGCGUACGAGGGUACGGUGAUAAAGGGAUCACCUAGUGGGACUUUUAUCCUAACCGUUCAAGCUUACGAUCCUGACGGCCGCGACCGUAAGAAGAUUCGGUACUUCAUAAAAAGUAGCAGUGACGAUGGUGUGUUUAAGAUAGACACUCAAAAAGGUAGGAUAAGUACAGCUGGUGAACUCACAAAGUUUGAAUACAAGCUGGAGAUCGUAGCAAAGUAUGAAGGUGAUGAUCAACAAAAGGAUGACGAUGACAACACAGCUUCCGUCACCAUUGAGGUCAAGACACGAGAAAAAAACAAACUUUAUUUCAAGGAAACAAAGUAUGAUGUUAGAAUACCUGAAAAUGCUAAAGUUAAUUCAAAGGUUGUAAAAGUUGAAGCAUUCAGUGACCCUAAUGUUUCGUUGGUGUACUCUAUAAUUGGUAAUCUCGUGAAUUUCAAAAUCAACAAAGAUAAUGGACAGAUAACAUUAGCUCGGAAGUUAGACUACGAGACACAAAAAGCGUAUACGUUUGCUGUCAGAGUGGCAUAUGCCAGUAAGAGCGGAGGAUCCACUGAAACAACCGUCAACGUCAAUGUUACAGAUGUUAAUGACCACAGACCAGUUUUCAAACAUUAUGAAAGGAACAUCACAGUUGAUGUGGGCAAGGUCAAGGGGAAACAAGAAAUUGGUUAUUAUUACGCUCACGAUGACGACCAAGGACAAAACGGAAUCGUCAAAUACUAUCUGAAAGAGGAUUACGGAGUUUUUUCAAUUACACCUGAUGGUGGAAUAUUGAAAGUUAUCGGACAUUUAGAUUGUUGUGAUGUGGUUUACCUACUAACUGUUGUAGCAAAGGAUCAAGGGAUACCAGCUCUCACUGCUGAAGUUAAAACUGAAAUCUUUCCAAAACAUGGUCCUGCACUGCACACUACACCUCGUGUCAACACUACGCAUGGUGCCCACAGUGGACACCGCACUGGAGACGCAAGUGAUGCUGGUAAAACACACUUAAUUAUUGGUGUGGUUGCUGGUGGCAUUGCUGUAAUUAUACUGGUUGGUGUUCUGUUUUGGAGAUGGAGACGUAGAAGGAAUACAACAGCAGGAUCGCGAAGUAUGUACAGAUCUCUACCUAAUCAUGAUGAAGAUGAUGAUGAUGACUUACUUGAUGGUGGAUCUGAUCAUGAAACAAAUGAUGAAAAUGGCAGAAGAUUGAGUUUGAUUUCCGCAGCAUCCGAUGAUAAUUUACUCCGUAAUGAAGCUCCAUGCUAAAAGUUCAAUAAUAUUACGCACCAUUAAUAAUUGGUUAAUCCAGUUUCAAACUUGAAGACUUCCGAAAUUUGUAGUUUGUUUUUUAUUUUUGUAAGGUGCAGUGUUUGAGAUCAUAACUCAAUUGAAUAAUUUUGAAAUGAGUUUUUGUAGAAUAAAUAGUUUAGCAUAGGAAUUCCACACUAUGCAUAUCAUUAAUCAUCGAACCUUAUUUAAUUGUAAUUUGUAGUAUUGUUAAUUAAAAAUUAAACAAUAUCUUCAUGCAAAACUAGGUAGAACCUUAAAAACAAGGUAGAAGCGUAUCUAUCAAUUAGGUCCUGGCAUAUAAGAUAUUAAAUUGGGAAACGUAGUCUGCAAACUAAUAAUUUUAUACUAUUAGUCAUGGUGUAAAGUUGAGGGAAUAUGAAGAAAGGUCAUAGAACAAUGUCUCCAUUGAAAUAAAUUGUUUAAAUAGGCAUACUAUAAGCCUAAAUGAAAGUAAAACUUACUUCUUAA